AUGUAUUACACAUCUUCUCAAUACAUCUUACUACUCCUUUCUUCACACAAACAUACACACACACAUACACUCUCUUUUUCCAUAAUUUUGUAUGUGUCGUUUGUUGUGUUUAGUAAUUGUUGUAUAUAUCAUUCACUUUUCCACCUGAAUAAACCGCAGGUCACCGAGCCAGUGUUGAGUACUACACCGACGGCUGACCCUGACAGCGGAAGGACGGGCGCUGCUGCCAUCACCAGAGGGGCCGAGGUGUGUGAGAGGACUCCCGACCACUGCUCCACCCUGCAGACAGAACUGGUGGCCAUUCUGCUGGCCCUGAAGCACGCUCAACACCGGCGGGAGCGCACCGUGGUGCUCCACACCGACUCCAGAACGGGGCUACAGGCUCUCCAACAGCCGUAUCCAAGCGACAACGUGGGCCUCGUCACCGCCACCCUGGGUAGCCUCCAGAGCCUCGCCGCGCAGGGGCGGCGGGUGAGGCUCAACUGGAUACCCAGCCACGUGGGAGUACGAGGCAACGAGGCUGCCGACGCAGCCGCCAAGAGAGCUGCUAGUGGCCCCCAGGUGACAAGGCAUGUGCCGCCCAGCCUGAGCCAAGGGAGGGCGCGAGCCAGGCUCGCCGCAACCAAGCGCGCCCGCCACACGCACCGGCAGCUGGAAACCAGGAAGAGACAGGCAGCUUGGUACGCCUCCGCCACUGGCUACCAGUCGUUGGACGCCUCCCAGCAGCAGCCCAGAGCAGACGGCGUGUUGCUGCAACGCGUAAGGCUGGGCUACUGCACCAGGGAACAGCUGUACGACGACUUUCGGGGGCAGGAGUGCGACCACUGCGGGAGGCACAGCCGCCACCCGCUAGUGCACUACCUACUGUCCUGUCCGGCCACCGCCGCUCUCAGACCAACGCCGCCACCACCGGCCCAUCCUGUAGGCGGUGAUCUCCUCAGCAGCCGCGAGGUCAGGGCUGCCCUCAUCGUCCGCCACACGCCCACAGACCUGAUGCUGCGUGUUCUCAGGGCAGCGCCCCCGCCCCGCUGAACAGGUCGCAGCUCCUUUUCUGACCGGCGAGCAGCACUCCUCGCCGCGCCACCGCACCGCCCACCACCGGGACCCAAGACUCCCCCACCUGCGGGCUGGUGCCCGCUUUGUGUAUUAUGUACAUUCAUGUAUAUUUUUUUCUUUUGUGCAAUAUUUAUA